AAAUAGAAAGGGACAUAGGAGGAGAGAGAGAGAAACCACAGCACUAUUCCACUAUCUCUGGAGCUUCCCCAGUUGCUAUGGUGUUCCUAUGUGGUGCCAGGGUUUAAACUCAGGGCUUGUACAUGGUAAGGCACAGGCCCUACCAGUUAAACUACCCUUGGCCCCUCCUUUUUUUCCUUUCCUUUGGCUCUUUUUGCUGGACUUUGUGUUUCAGUUUCUCAUAGGAAAAAAUCUCACCUGUCUUCUAUAUCCCCUUCUACCUCUCUCCCCAAUAGAGUUUGCAAAACUAAUCCAGACCAUAUGGACAUCUUCCCCCAAUGAUGUGGUGAGCCCAUCUGAGUUCAAGAUGCAGAUCCAGAGAUAUGUACCACGUUUUGUUGGCUACAAUCAGCAGGAUGCUCAGGAGUUUCUUCGCUUUCUGCUGGAUGGACUCCAAAACGAGGUGAAUCAAGUCACAGUGAAGCCUAAGCCCAGUCCCGAGAACCUCGAUCAUCUUCCUGAUGAUGAGAAAGGACGACAGAUGUGGAGGAAAUAUCUCGAACGGGAAGACAGUCGGAUUGGGGUGUCCCACGAGCUGAGGCAGGAGCUGAGAAGGAAGACACACUUCUCCAUCUUUUCUCCAGAUCUCUUUGUUGGGCAGCUCAAGAGUUCCCUGACAUGCACCGAUUGUGGUUACUGUUCUACAGUCUUCGAUCCCUUCUGGGACCUCUCACUGCCCAUUGCUAAGAGAGUUUAUCCUGAGGUGACUUUAAUGGACUGCAUGAGGCUCUUCACUAAAGAAGAUAUUCUUGAUGGUGAUGAGAAGCCUACAUGCUGUCGAUGCAGAACCAGAAAACGAUGCAUAAAGAAGUUCUCCAUCCAGAGGUUCCCAAAGAUCUUGGUGCUCCAUAUCCUUAAAAUCUGCCAAGAGUCAGGAGAAUAGCACAGUGGCACCACACUGCAUGGGACAGGUCCCAGGUCAGUCCCCAGUACCAUCAACAGUCAGAAGUAGUCAGAGCUGAGUAGUAUUCUCCAUCCAGGCGCACCUCCUUCCUUCUGCCCUGGGUCAAGUGCAGAGGAUUUGGUGAGGCAGUGUCCGGCAGAACAGGGGCAGCUUCCCUCC